AUGGCAAGUGAAUACGAAGAUGAAUUAGAGUUCUUCUCUUUCUUUCCAGCAGACUUUCACAUGGAGCUGUACCAAGGAAUGAGUAAAAUAAUUGUAGGCUCACUGGGCAGCGCAGAGAAUAUCCGAGGAAGAAUGGAUCGAAUAGAGACGGCGCUGCAGAAGAACAUGUUAAUAUUUGAGAGGUUUACUUUGCGAAAUAUCUUUACUUUCCCAGAAGACUUUGUAUAUAAUAGAAAGGAGUCCUCUAUUGAUCCAAUUCCCUCAGAAGACUUAAAAGAAAAGAUUCUUUCACUAGCAAUAAAAAAGGCAGAGGUGUCUGCUGUGAAGGAGGGGAUAGAGCAAAAGACUCGAGUAAAUUUGGAAAUGCUACAGAAGUGCAAGAGCCUGCAAAGCAUACCAUCGCUCUCUCCAGUACUUGAUGGGCUGUCUGAGCUAAACCAGCUAAUGCGGAGUACUCGGGACAUCAAGAACAAGUAUAUCCAAGGACACACUGGACAGAAACAAAAAACUACGAAAAAAGAGCUAGAAGAUGAGAUUCGAAAGAAUGAGUGCGAGGAUCUUGAAAGACGGAUUCCUCUUGCAAUACUAAGCACACUUGACAAAUCACUUUCAUUAUAAAUAAAC